GACUUGCAAUGCAAACUCUUUCCCGGUCAAAGAUAUUUUAGAGUCGUAACCCUUUCCCGGUCAUAGAUAUUUUGGAGCCGUAAUCCUUUCCCGAAAAUCCACGCCACAGAAAGUUCAUCACGCCACCCCAGAAAACUCACCAAAUGCAUCCACAAAUGGAUUUUAACAUUGCACUUCUCAAGGUUGCGAAUACCCAACAAUAUCUACGACAAAAAGCACAGCAGGUCCGUGCUUUUCCACGGCCCAUUCCAUCGAUUGCCUUCCUUUUCAUGGUAAUAUCUGCAACAUUGGGGUAUCAAUGGUCUGUUCCAUGUGCCAUUUCUUUCUUUGCUGCACUCGUGCUCCGCAGCGCUGCUGAGCAUUUUGAAUCUCUUGCACGCGAGCAACUUGGCCUUCUCUGGGUGGAGCCUGGAACGAAGUCUCAGGCAACGGCAGCUCUGACAGCAUUUUCGCCCGCAUCGCAGCCGGAACCUUGCGGAUGCCUUGGUUGCUGUUUGUACCGGCAAUUUUUGAGCUUUGCAGCCGCAAACCUUGACCACAGUCUCGAGUUGUGUAGCAUUGGUUCAGAGGAGAUAUUCGUGGAUGCACCCUCGGAAGCAUAUCCACGAAACUUGGACAAUGGUAUCCUCGGGAUCUGCGACUCUCGGUCAGAGAAGGAGUUUGUGGCUGCAGAUUCUACGACACACCCGCCACUGGCCUUGAAUAGUACCGAGGCUCAACAGGGAGGGGAGGAGGGCACAAAUGAACGGACGGUGUCAGGCGAAGCCACUGAGGCCACGAGCAUGGAAAAUUCACCAAGGCCACUCGAGGAGCAGCCCGAGCCCGAAAGAAUGGAAAUGGACGUCAGAGAGAGGCCCAGUAGCCCAACAGUCAUUGUCCCUCCCAGCCAGCACCCGACACCUCCCACGCUCAUCUUUGAACCAUUCACUCCCGACAGCCUGAGCUCUAGUGUGCUAGAGUCCAUAGAAGUCAUAACGUCGCCGCUGCUCGACCAACUUGCACCAUUGCCCAGCAUCGACGGUAUCAUCCGCCGCAGCUUAUUCGACGAGCUGAACAGUGCCGACUCCUCUGAGGAUGAAGAUUUGGAUUUCCACUUCAACUAGUCGUACAUUCUCGGGGUAGGAGGCGGAAAUAGGCGGAAUCUGUGGUUAAAUAGCACUUGCAGAGGCCAGCAAACGAUGCGGGCAGCG